CCAGCUGCCCCUGCGGCACAGGGCGGGUCACGUGAGCCGGAUCAUGUGACCUUCAGGCAGGGAAUCUGCGGAAAAGCCGCUGGAUCCCGCUUCUUUGCUGCUUUUCCAGCCGAGGAGGUGAAGGAGGCUGGCUGCACCUGGAGAUGUGAAUAGCCAGUUGUGGGUCUGAGUUACGCUGGGACCAUGGUGCUCCGGAGAGCCGGUGUGUGGGGUUUGCUGGUCUUGCUACAGGCAGUCGUUGGAGGGAUGGGGAGCCAACCCUGCAAGGAGAAGUACUUGGACCCGGACUCCAUGGUGUGUGUUUGCGACCGCGCCUAUUGCGACACCCAGGACCCCGUCUCCCUCCCUCGGCCCGGCUUCUUUGCCAAGUACGAGAGCAGCAAGUCCGGGCGGCGGCUGGAGCGCAGCGAAGGGAAGUUCCAGGACAAGGCCUCCACCCCAGCUCUGGUUCUGGUUCUGGAGACGGCCCAACGGUAUCAAAUGAUCAAGGGAUUUGGCGGUGCUGUCACGGACGCGGCUGCAAUGAAUAUAUUAUCGCUGACUCCCGACGUCCAGAAUAAUCUGCUCCGUUCCUACUUUUCGGAUGAAGGGAUCGAGUACAACGUCCUGCGUCUGCCCAUGGCCAGUUGCGACUUCUCGGUGCGGCCGUAUUCGUAUGCCGACACGCCAUACGACUACGAGCUGAAGGACUUCAACCUGGUGGAUGAGGACGUCAACAUGAAAAUCCCUCUGGUCCAUCGGGCCAAGGCCAUGUCUAAGAAGCCCAUCUCCUUGUUGGCCGCCCCAUGGACCUCCCCGACGUGGAUGAGAACCAACGAGGAAUGGAAGGGGAAGGGGUCCCUCAAGGGGAGCGCCGGAGACCGGUUCCACAAGACGUGGGCCAACUAUUUCGUCAGGUUCCUAGACGAGUACGCCAAGCACAACCUGACCUUUUGGGCUGUGUCGGCCGAGAACGAGCCGACGGCCGGCCUGAUCGACAACUACCCGUUCCAGUGCUUGGGCUUCACCGCCGAGCAGCAGCGGGACUUCAUUGCGCUGGACCUGGGGCCGGCCCUGGCCAACAGCUCCCACAAGGACAUCCGUCUCAUUGUCCUGGAUGACAACCGCGUGCUUCUGCCCCACUGGGCCAAGGUGGUGUUGAGCGGAGACAGCAAGGCGUACCGCUACGUCCACGGCAUCGGCGUCCACUGGUACCUGGACUUCAUUGCCCCCAUCGCGGACACGGUGGCCAUUACCCAUCAGCUCUUCCCAGACUAUUUUGUUAUUUCUACCGAGGCCUGUGCCGGAGCGCACUUCUGGGAGAAGGACGUCAUGCUCGGCUCGUGGGAUCGGGGCAACCAGUACAGCCGCAGCAUCCUGGCGAACCUCAACAACUACGUUGCAGGCUGGGUCGACUGGAAUCUGGCUCUGGAUUUGGAAGGGGGCCCCAACUGGGUCCAGAACUUUGUGGACAGCCCGAUCAUAGUGGACGCGGCCAACGACGUCUUCUACAAGCAGCCCAUGUUCUACCACAUGGGACACUUCAGCAAAUUCAUCCCGGAAGGCUCCCAGCGGGUCGGCUUGACCGUGGUACAGAAAUGCCUGGGUUGCAACUUGGAGCACGUGGCCGCCCUUCGCCCCGAUGGGUCUGCCGUGGUGGUGGUCCUGAACCGCUCCGGCUUGAACGUCUCCUUCGGGAUUUCCGACCACGCCGGCAUGAUCCUGACCGAGAUCCCGGCCAACUCCAUCCAGACCUAUCUCUGGAGGCGCUGAGGACGACGGCGGCCCAAGGUUGGGAACUCUUUCUUGGCAUUCACCAAAACCCGCCCGGCCUCAUUUGCCUUCCACGCCAAAGCUGAGGGGCUGGCGUGGUCCAUGGGACAUCGGGACCAUCGUUUCUGCCGGCUUGGAAAACGUUGCUCGAAGUAUAUCCUCUGAACCAAAAUGAAGGAGCCCGGACUGGCAUUCCGAUCCCAAAGAGAAGCGGCGUGUUUCCUUGUCUGCUUCUUUGGAGUCUGCUAUUAAAACCGAAUCAUGCUUUA